CUUCAGCAAACGCAGUUACACCGAGACCUUCUAUCUCAAGCUCAGACAGAUGGAGAACACGGAGAGGAAGAGUAACUCAGACACGCUGUAUGAAGUGGUGAGUUUAGAGAGCGAGACCGAGAGAGAGAGGAGGAAGACCACAGCGAGCCCCGGCAUCCUGUCGUGCGGCUCUCACGGCUCUAUGGUGCCCUCUCCUCCUGAGGAUGAUGAGGAGGAAGACAAUGACGAGCCGUUAUUGAGUGGAUCUGGAGACGUGUCUAAGGAGUGCGGUGAAAAAAUUCUGGAAACUUGGGGAGAUUUACUGUCUAAAUG